UGGAAGAAAUCAAUUUUAACUUAGUUAUAUUUAGUUGUAAGGAAACGAUAUUUUGUAAGCAUUGGUUUAUAUUAUGUUGUAAUAUAUCAAAUUAGGAAGAGCAAGAGAAGCUUCAAGCAUCAUUGGCGGAGAAAGAGAAAGAAAAGGAGCGUGAAAAAGAAAAAGAUGAUGCUGAUAAUAAAGUGAAGAAGGAGGAGAAAGAUAGAGGCUCAUCUAAGGAACGCAGAAGAGAUCGAAGUAGGGAUCGUGAUAGAGAUAGAAGUAAAAGGAGCAGAUCACGUGAUCGACAUAGGGAUCGUGAUCGAUCGAGUCGUAAGAGAAGAUCCGUUUCAAGAUCACCGAAUAAAAAUUCGAAGGAUAACGGAAAAGAUAUGCCCGACGUUAAGAUUGAACGAGAAGAUUCGCCGCAACCGGAAAAUGCUAUACCUUUGAUGCCAGUUAAAACCAAGCCGGAAGCCGCAGUAGCAAUAUCAAGAUUGCAAGCCAAAUUGAUGAGCAUUGCUGAUGGAAAGAAAAAAAAUAAUCGUACACCAUCGCCGGAAUCAGUGGACAAGUCAGCAAGAAAAUCGCGAUCUGCAUCUAAAUCGCCAACGAAUCGUUCAAAGAAAUCUAGAAGUAAGUCGCCUAGCCGAGAUUCAAAGACGCGUCGAUCACGAUCGCCCGCUUCGAAAUCAAGACGAUCUCGUUCAAAAUCAAGAUCUAGAAGAUCUCGAUCUAAAUCUAGGAGAUCAAAAUCGCGCUCGCAGGACCGUACGAAGUCUAAGCGAAGCAAAUCCAAAUCGCCAAGAUCACGAUCACGAUCGCGAUCGCGAUCACGAUCGCGAUCUAAGAAAUCCCGAUCCAAGAGUGAGGACAGGAGCAAGUCGAGAAAAUCAAGAUCCGUCUCGAGUGACUCAAGAUCAUCCAAGUCCCGCUCGAAGUCUACGGAAAAGCUAAAGGUCAAUACAGAUUCCAAUAGAAAACGCAAUGGUAGUACGAGCAGCAGCUCUGAAUCAGAAGUGGACAAAGAUGGAAAGGAUAAAAGCGACUUCGAGAUACGAAAGAAGAAGGAUGGUGUGCAAGCUAAGAGAUCCUACAGAAAAACCAACAAAGAUGAUAGUGGUAGUGAUAGCGACUCUAGCCGGGAAAGAAAAUCAGCUCCUAAGCGAAGAAGUCCUUCGCCACGUAAAGAUAGAGGACGAUCUAAGGAUAGAGACAGAAAUAGAUCACGAGAUAGAUCACGAGAUAGAUCGCGAGAUAGAUCACGAGAUAGAUCACGCGAUAGAUCACGAGAUAGGAAUCGAAGGUAA